AUGGCUGUGCUCGCCUAUCCAGAGCUUCACUGCCUGGCAGCAGGCAUGCCAUGCUUCCAGAAACCUGGACUGGGAGAGAGAUGCUUGGAGACUGACAAAAAGGUGGCAACCACAGCAUCUAGGCAGUCGAGCAAUCUGGCAUCCAGUAAGAGAGACUGCCCCCCCACAGGCACUUCUAGUCCUGUACCAAGGCUGAGCGCCUAUGUGCAGUUCUGUUGCGGGUAUUUAGGAUCUUCCAAGGAGAGCUAUGGGGAGCCUGCAUCAUCUUUUUCUUUUUAUUUAUCUAUUUUAUUUUUUAUCAUUCUGCAGGGAGUUAAAUACCUGUGCAUUCCAGCAGCGGAUUCUCCGUCUCAAAACUUGACAAGACAUUUCAAAGAAAGUAUUAAGUUCAUUCAUGAAUGCCGACUCCGUGGUGAGGGCUGUCUGGUACACUGCCUGGCUGGGGUCUCCAGGAGUGUGACACUGGUGAUCGCAUACAUCAUGACCGUCACUGACUUUGGCUGGGAGGACGCCCUACACACUGUGCGUGCAGGGAGGUCCUGUGCCAACCCCAACCUGGGCUUCCAGAGGCAGCUCCAGGAGUUCGAGAAGCAUGAAGUCCACCAGUACCGGCAGUGGCUGAAGGAAGAAUACGGAGAGAGUCCUCUGCGGGAUGCAGAAGAAGCCAAGAAUAUUCUGGCCGCUCCGGGAAUUGUGAAGUACUGGGCCUUUCUCAGAAGACUGUAAUGCACCUGAGAUUUCUGAAAUGUUGCAGAGCCAGAGUUUAGGCUGGUGCUGCCAAAAAAGAAAAGCAACCUAGGGCUUAUUUUUAAGUGUCCAGCAGUCAUUUGUAAACUUGUUUGUUUUUCAUUGUAAACUGAAUACAUGUGAAAUCAUGUUGUAAUAUAUUAAGAACUAAGGAUAUUUUUUAGGAAGAGAAAAUAUUUUUACCUUAACUCCACUGCUGGGGCUGCUUUUUUCCUUACUUUGAUGCCUGUAAAGCGAUGUCAAGCCUGGCUGCACUGUCUUGGUUACUGUCUAGUAAUCAUGAUUGUUUCUCCAGACAACUGUCUGGGCGGGAGCCCAGCCUGGGGCACGUGCUGCAUAAAUUCUGUCUGUGUGUCCUGAAACCCCCCAGCUUGGGUGCUGUCUCUUGUGUGUUUUAUCCAUGGUUUGUGUUCUCCAGGGUGGAGUUUUCCAAAAGCUGCACAUGUCUGUUAAUAAAGGGCAACCUAGCCAAGUGUA